UUAAUUUUUUUUUCUUUUUGUUUUUUAAUAAUGCAACAAUUUAUUUAUUUCCAUUGUUCAUUUGAUAUCCAACCAUUGAUUAGUGAAAUGAUGAAAUACAAAACGACAAUAAUCUUGACGAUAAUUUUUAUCGGACAAUUAUGGACGGCCAUUGCCAUCAAUCAUGAAGCAAUUGCAUUAGCAUUUACAAUUGCAUCAAAUCAAUUUGGUCUUGAUCUUUUACAAAGAUUAUCAAUGAAAAAUGAUGUACAGAAUAUUUAUUUUUCACCAUUCAUAUUGGAAAAAUCAUUAUCAAUGAUUUAUGCUGCAACUGAUGGCAAUACAAAAUAUCAAUUAGAAAAUGUAUUACAUUUAUAUGAAUUACCAUAUAUUGAUGAUGUUGAUGGUAUUAUUGAUGCUAUUCGAACCAUAUGUUCCCGUAUGAAUGAAACAAAUGUUUUGUGGAAUUUUCUCAAUUUAAUGGUCAUAAAUUCUAAUACCGAUUUCAAUCCGAAUUACACGACAUUGGUUGAAGAAAACUUUCAAGGAAAAAUUGUCAAAAUUAAUGAUAUGAAAGAUUUUACGAAUCAAUUUGUUGAACAAUUUAUCCAUGAUAAGUUAUUGCCACAAACAUUCAAUCUUACGGCUAUCAAUGAUGAUGAUGAUGAUGGUGGUGGUGGUGGUAGACAAGCUAUUGCUUUGAUCAAUUUAGCUACGUUUCGGGCAAAAUGGCUUGAUCCAUUUGAUAAACGACAGACAAGAAUUGGAUUUUUUCAUGGUUCAAAUGGUGAAAAAUAUUCGAAUGUACAAUAUAUGUUUAAAGAUGGGCCAUUUCCACAUCUAUAUCUACCAGAUAUGGACGCUGAUAUGAUUAUGAUUAAAUUCUUUGAUGAUAAACUUGCAUUCAUUGGUAUUGUACCACGAUUAAUCGAAAUGAAUUUGAAUCGAAUACAUCGAUCAUUAUCAUCGUUAUAUCUUUAUUAUUUGAUUGCAAAAUUGAAUAAAACAUCUGCUACAGAAUUUGGUCUAUUUUCUUACCACGUAUGGACAUCGAAGGAACUUAUGAAAAUUUAUCCGCAGAUCUUCAAACAAUGGGCAUUGAAGAUUUAUUCAAUCCAUAUUGUUCGAAUCUAACCAUUGGCUUGUUUGACAACAAAACUAAUAAUGAUGAAUCAACAGCGUCAUCUAUGUGGAUUGAUCAUGUUUAUCAUCA